GUGCUUCCAAAUGCACCAAACAUUACACCAAAGCACACAAGCCCAGACCCGGACAGCAAAUCAACUGCGCCCAGUUCUCGACCCAGGCGGAUCUACCUUUGACUGUCUCCAGAGUAAGCCAGAUGCCCAGAGAACGACGGCCGGUAACCUGGAUCUGACCUUACCAACGGCCACCCGGUCCACCGUACGGAUACACCCAGCCCAGCCUACCAGCCCCGGCAGCUUUUGUGCUUGUGAAUCCCGCUGUGGAAUCCCAGAUUAAAUCAUGCCCCAAUCCUCCUCCUCGCCCUCCGACUCGACUUCCUCCUCACUUGUGCAUGUCCUGUUGCCUCCCGACCCUAGCCAAUCUCAAUCUCACUCUCAACCUCAAUCUCAAUCUGCUUCUGCUUUCGUCUCGGCUGCUGCCAGUGCCGUAUCAUCCUCCCCCGACCCCAUUGACCACGACGACGCCCUCCCCUCCUCCACCUCCUCCGCCUCACACGACCACCACACUACUGCUACCACCAACCGCCGCCUCCUGAGCCCGUCACCUCUGCUCCUCCCACCACCCAACGCACCCUCGCCUGGACACGCGACCACCACGGAUAACACCCCCUCGAACCUGGAUGGUGCCCGGUCACGAGACAUCGUCGACGCUGAUACUGCCCACGCAUCUUUGCGCCAGGGCCCUUCUUCCUCCCUCAACACCACCGGCCGAGAACGCCCUUCUCCUGUCGCCGCCGCCGACAUCAACGAGAUCGAGAUGGAGCCAUUGAAAGGAACCGGUCACCGCCGGCGCCGCAGCUCGCUCAUGCAAAGUGCCGGCGCUAGUAACCACCAAAGAGUUCCGUCAAGGAAUCAGGGGAACAUGCUGGAAGAGCCAAAGAUAUCGGAAGAAGACCUCGGAGCAACACCAUCGGCAUCCAAGGAUAUGGACGACGACAGCUUUUCCGACGAGGACCUCCAUGAUGACGAGGAGACGGGUCUGACGAAGAAGGAUAAGAGGAGGAAGAAACAAAAGAAGAGAAACAACACGCGGUUAGAUCAGCGCUUCGUCCGGGGCGAAAUCUCGGCCGAGGAGAAGAAGGAGGCAGAUCAAAACGUCUUCAGGAAGUCCGCCGUCAAUGUUGCCCUGAUCUUGCUGUGGUACCUGUUUUCCCUCAGCAUCUCGCUGUAUAACAAGUGGAUGUUUGACGAGAACCGCCUCAACUUUGCUUUCCCUCUUUUCACAACGGCCUGCCACAUGUUGGUUCAAUUCGGCCUCGCAUCAUUAGUGCUAUUCUUAAUACCCUCUCUGCGCCCAUCCAAUGGAGUGCGCAACUCGGAUUUGGGGCGCUCGCGGCACGAAUCCGAGCCCGACCGACCUCUCAUGACCAAGAUGUUCUAUCUGACGCGCAUUGGGCCGUGUGGCGCCGCAACCGGUCUCGAUAUUGGACUCGGAAACACUUCCCUCAAGUUCAUUACCCUGACGUUCUACACAAUGUGUAAAUCGUCUUCUCUAGCGUUCGUUUUGAUCUUCGCCUUCUUGUUCAGGCUUGAGAAGCCCACCUGGCGCCUCGUGGCUAUUAUUGCGACAAUGACUGCCGGUGUCGUCCUUAUGGUGUCGGGCGAAGUCGAGUUCAAAGUUAGCGGAUUCAUUCUCGUCAUCUCUGCGGCCUUCUUCUCUGGAUUCCGAUGGGGCCUGACUCAAAUCCUGCUCCUGCGCAACCCAGCAACGUCGAACCCGUUCUCCAGCAUCUUCUUCCUAGCGCCGGUCAUGUUCCUGACGCUGAUCGUCAUCGCCAUCCCCGUCGAGGGCUUCCCCGCUCUCAUCGAGGGCCUGAAGGUCUUGGUAGCCGAAUGGGGCGCCGUUACCACGCCGCUGUUCCUCCUCUUCCCCGGAUGCAUCGCUUUCCUGAUGACGGCCUCGGAAUUCGCUCUGCUGCAGCGUACUUCGGUCGUGACGCUUUCUAUCGCCGGCAUCUUCAAGGAGGUUGUGACGAUCUCCGCCGCCGCCAUCGUCUUCAACGACCGCCUGACGCCUGUCAACUUCGUCGGUCUCAUUACCACCAUGGGCGCCAUCGUCGCGUACAACUACAUCAAGAUUACCCAGAUGCGCGAGGACGCCCAGAAGGAGGUCCAGCGCGGCCACAUGGAGGUCGCGCACGCCUCGGGCACAUCCUCGAGCGGCAGCGAUAACGACGACGGCAGCGGCGAGGAGGCCGGCCUGCUGAGGAAUAGCACCGAUUACGAGGACAACCUCGUCACUGCUGACGGCGAUAUCCUGCCUAACCCGGGGCAUACCGCGCACGAGUCGAGGACUGCCCAGGCCCACCGCGAUAACUAGAUGUCUCCUUUUUUCGGUUUUCAAUAUAUCCAGGUGAAAGAGAAGGAAAGACGAAGAAAGAUUCACAAACUGUGUAUAAUUUUUUGGAAGGGGCAUAUAGCAUAUCUCGCGGAUUUUUGGCAAGACAAAGGGAAGGCAUAGGAGUUUUUUUCAAAGCGAAAUAUUUCCGGCAAAAGGUGGCAUGGAAACCGCCUUCUUCUAGGACGAAAUUGGUAAAAAAAAAAAAAAGAUGGUACAUAACUGAUAUUGGGUUUUGGGUCUUAUUCCCCCAGAGGCAAAGGUUGCCUCGAAACGAAGAAGAGGUGGAUAUACCAAUUGGCGAGAGAGGGAUGAUACCAUGGUGGUAGUGUAAUGCCCCCCUCGAGAGGUUUAGACAACGAGAGAGUUCAGAAGCAUCACAACCA